GACAGAAACUAGCCCCCGACUCGCCGCGCUUUAGAAUUGACAGGGAUCGAAUCGAUCUGCUCUCGCUGGCCGGCCGGCGUGUUCCGUCAAUGGGGAGCUUCAUCUACGGUGGGCACGGCUGUUUCUAUAUGCCCUCCUCUGACAACAGCCAGCCUCGAUCUGCUGAACCUCAACCACACCCGCUGCCGCUGUUGGGAGACGCACCAGACGAGCAGAUGCUGCUCCGCCGUAUCCGAGGGAUCGAAGAAGGACUCCACGUCCGUGCAGAGCCACCGCCCAACACCGCCGCCUGGAAAUUCUUCAAAACUUUCGGCAGGUGUUUCUAUGUUACGGUGAGCAUUGCAUUGAUUGUUUGGAUUUUCGUGUUGCGACAUUUCCACUUGGAUCCUUAUUUGCAAGACCCCUAUAAGAUGAUAACGCUUCUCAUUUUUGCUCUCGCGCCAGCGGGAUUCGGUUUCAUGAUAACACAAGGAGAUGUAGAGGCCCGGGACACACAUGCUCAAGUGGAAGCACACUUGUAAUUGACAUGUAUACAAUGUAAUGUUAGUAUACACUAGU